UCUGCGUUGGCACUUCGAAAAUUUUGUAAGCGGGAAAUUAUAAAUCUCACGAGGCAGUCCUGUUUGUUUGCAAGAAAUUCAUUUUGCCAUAGGCCCAGGCCCUGUUCCCGAUAGCCAUGUGCAGGCUUUACACAUGGAACGAAAAUACAUGCUUGUCCAAGAAAUUCUUCUCAACUGUUCAGCAAACAAGGUACUAGGAGUUGGAACAUUUGCAUAAACCUCAACAACCUCAACGCUGGAUACUGCAGAGCAUGUUUGAAUACGGUAUGGUGCACCUGUGAAGUGGUUUCCAGUUGAAGUUACACAGUGUGAAUAUAGCCUGAUUUCUUCUCUGCAGCUGCUACAAUGACAUCAAGCAUCUCCAGUCACCACUCCUUCUCCUCUACCACCUCAACCAGUGACAGCGUAUGUCACCAUCAACAACCUUCGUCAACCGUCCCAGUCCCGCUGUCCACCAGCCGUGAUCUUGAGGCACCUUCCGAUGAUGACUCCUUCAAUGAGCAGAGCAUCGGUAGGGUGUUUGGCGGCCCAGCGGGUGAUCAACCUGGCUUGCAGCUUGAUGGAGAUGAGGAGAAUCAGAUGCACCUGAGUGUGGUGUGGCAAGGUGGUCAGCUUGGUGCGGCUUACUACGACGGAGAAACGGCCGAGGUCCACAUGAUGAGGGACAGUGCCGAACCAGACACCUUUACUCUCCUCAACCAAGUUCUUCGUCAAGUCCAGCCGAAGUUUACUGUCACCAGCGCCAAGGCGGAUGAAAGGUUCCUGAAGACUCUCCAAGAUCUUUGUGGGGGUUUCUUCAAGUUUCUCAGCGGCAUUGUCCUUCAUGUACAGUGUGCUUUUGAGAAAUAUACCAAACCAACGAUAGAGCACCAGCAGACAUCCUCUUUCUCGGACCAGGGGACAGAGGGGAAACCUGAAAGCUCACCAGGAGACAAGGAGCUCCAACUGCUGCCAAGUAAUGACUACACCUUAGAGGUCUGCAAGCGUCGCAUCCUGGCGAUGAGUCUACCUUGCAUCCCCGAGAACUUCACCGAGGCUGAGAGGACCAUCUUCUUCUCAUCUCUUGUCCCUUUUGACUGUCACUGCAUGGUGCGUGCUGUGGGCGGCUUAUUGAAGUACCUGGAGAAGAAGCGAGUGGGAGUGGAGUUGGAAGGCUACGACGUACGUGUACCCGUCCUCUCUCUUAGGAUGUUCUCAUUGGAGCGCAUGGUAUCAGUGGAUGAGAAUACCUACAGCGCUCUGCAGAUCUUCCAGAAGGAACGGCAUCCCUCAGCCUACAAGUCUGGGGGCAGUGGGGCCAAGGAGGGGUUGAGUCUCUUUGGUAUCUUGAAUAAGACCAAGUCGGUUGUAGGCAGUAGGCUUAUGAGGGUUUGGUUCAUGCGGCCGUCCUGCGACCUAGCUCUUCUGAACCAGAGGCAGGAUGCUGUUGCGUUCUUCAUGGCAUCGGCCAACAUCGAGGUCACGACCUCCCUGCAGGAAUACCUGAAACACGUCAAGAAUGUUGCCAGGAUUUUGAAGCAGAUGAGGCAAGCCCAGGCAUCAGUGAAUGAUUGGCAGGCUCUGUACAAGACUGCCUACAGUGCCAUCAACAUUGGAGAUAUUUGCCGGGCACAGCGAGCUGACAUUGAAAUAUUCAAGAAGAUUGCAAGAGGCUUUACUGAAGAUCUGCAUUACAUUGCCAGUAUCAUCAACAGGAUUGUAGAUUUUGAUGAAUCGACUGCCCAGAAUCGCUUCGUCGUCAAAGCAAAUGUAGACGCUGAUUUGGAUCACAGGAAGCGCACCUACAACGGCCUGCCAGAUCUAAUGACUCAGGUGGCCAGGGAUGAGCUGAACAGACUCAGCAGGGAUGUAGAAGAGUGCAACGUCAUCUACCUCCCACAGUUGGGGUAUCUUCUGGCAAUUCCAUGCACACCUCGUAUGCAGAAGGAGAAGGAUUUCAACAUACCUGGCCUUGAGUUUGUGUUCCUCUCAAAUAACAUGGUUCACUACAAGAGUGCCAGGACAAAAGCACUGGAUGUGAAGCUUGGGGACACACAGUGUGAAAUAACAGAUCUAGAAACCCAGAUCAUGCACAAGCUGCAGAAUUCCAUUCUGGAGAGAUCCCAGGUGCUCUUCACCGUCAUGCAGUAUGCUGCUGAGCUGGACUGCCUGCUAUCCUUGGCAGCUGCAGCCAGAGAUCAGAACUACAUCCGGCCAGAUCUGACGGAGGACAAUAUCAUUCACAUCUCCGGGGGCCGACACCCACUACAGGAGCUGUGUGUUACGCCCUUUGUGCCCAACGAUACCUUCUCGGGGGACAAGUACGGCAAGAUGAAGUUCCUGACUGGACCCAACGCCAGUGGGAAGAGUGUCUACCUCAAACAGGUUGGCUUGAUUGCUUUUAUGAGUCACAUUGGCAGUUUUGUGCCAGCCGAGGGUGCCACCAUUGGCAUGCUGGACGGUAUCUACACCAGAGUACACACACUGGAGUCUGUGUCCGUCGGACUCUCAACGUUCAUGAUCGAUAUCAACCAGAUGGCAGUGGCUCUAAAUAAUGCCACACAGAAUUCACUAGUCAUCAUAGACGAGUUUGGCAAAGGGACAGAGACUGUUGACGGCGUUGCACUGCUGUGUGCCUGCCUGAAACACUGGCUGGCCAGAGAAACCCUCUGUCCUCACGUCUUGGUCUCUUCACAUUUCCAUAGCAUCAUCAAACAGAAGAUGCUGCCUUCGUCUCAGGAGCUUACCUACCAGACCAUGGAGGUUCUACACAGUGGAGAUGAGAUGGUAUUCUUGUACCAGCUAAUCGAAGGCCACACUGAGCUUAGCUAUGCUAGUCACAUAUCGGCCCAGGCUGGCUUACCAGACGAGCUGUUGAAGCGAGGCAACCGGGUGACUGACCUACUUGCCCAGUGCAAACCAAUCCAUCGCGUGGACUCGGCCAAUGUUGAUGGCCGGCUGCAGAAGUGCCAGAACAUUGCUGAAUCCUUCCUGAAGCUAGACCUGGAGCAGGCCAACUUGACAGAGUUCUUCCAGGAGAAAGUACUCCCUGACAGCAUGUGAGGAGUGGAUUGUUCAUAGGUAGAUGAGUGAAAGUGCUGCAUUAACGAUUUGGGGCAGAUUACUGCUUUUUCGUCAUCUGUUUGUCGUCUCAAGAAAAUACCCGAGGACGCCACUACAAUAAGUACAAUUCCUCCUAGUUCUUACCGGUCGCACAGAUCCUUGGGAGACGCCUUGAGGUCCAGCCUGGCAGGCUCAGCUGUUGAUGACAAGGAACGUCAUGCCAUCGUUGGUGGGCGUGGCUUGGAAGUCUUCCAAGGUCUGCACCUUCCAGUUACAAGCCACGUCCGGCAGCGCCAAUGCUUGAUCAGCAACGCUCUCUUUGUACCUGUUCACCACCUCAGGUAACGGACUUUACGACAGCUACAUGGACAAUGUUCGGUUGUCGGCGGCAGUCGAGGAUUUUAAUCGUGUUUCGGAUGUCUCCUGUAUUCACAAACAACGUGAUGCAAUCAUGGUAAUUUCAAUACUUGUAACACCAGAAAAAAAGUUCGAGUUCCACACACCUAGAGAUGCCCUUAGGCCUAAAGACUUUGAUACGCAUCGAUUAUCUACUUCAUUUCAAACCCGGUCUCAACGUUGGUCUAUAGCUUCCCGCACUCAUAAAACAUAGUUUUUCACAUUCAUAAUUUUUUUUCAUAAUUCAGGUAUUUAGAUUCUGAUUAUGAGCACCUGUAGUACAUUUGCUGAAAUACUUCGUCCGUUUCAACUUGACCCACAUCUCCACUUUCCUCGGCCAUUACGUAAAACGGCCUCAGCGACUUAUUCCUGAUUUCGAUGUACCGGGCCACGAAAUGGACAUUUAUGUAUAAGUAAGGAGAUUGUUUACUUGUAAACAAAUGUUUGAAGAUGCAUUUUCACUAUCCUAUUCCAGCAGUUUAAACCUCCUCCUGACGGUUAGACUUAGUAUUAUAAAGUUGUUACUAUUGGGGAUUUCUGCAUUCAGAAACCAUCAAUAAGCAGUCAAAAUAAAUACUUUCAACUUGCACGAGUUUCACUCCCGAGCAGUGUGAUUUGACAGGUGAAAAUGAGCCAUGUACCAGCACUGCCUGUUCAUUUUCAGAUGUUACUGCAGUAUGUCUUCAGAGUAUGAAUGCUAAUUCUUGAAUCUUGUGCCUUUACCCUUUCCUAACCCCUUCCCUUCACUCAAAAAAGAAACCCAAUAUAUGUCAGACCAACUUGUACGAUUUAGGCGUAAUUUUUUUACGAUUUGUUUAUUCCGUUUACAACUGUACGAUCCCGACUAAGACUUUUACGAUUUCCAACUCGAACGUACAAAACCAUACAGUUGUGUAUAAACCUACGUAAGCUAGCACGGAGCCGGCCUCGUUAUGCGCGCGUCAGAAAUGUGUCGCUGGCAUCCUGCAGUUUUGAGCAUACGAGCUGCAUAAGAAGCGGUAGAAACCAGCGUGGUUGAAUCAUCCGUUCGCCCCGAUCAACGGUAUAAUGAACAGGGGCGAAUAGGCACGAAUGCACUUCGUAUGAAAUGUGAUUGUGUACGUCCCAGCAUUGUACUGUACUGUACUGUACAUGUACCGAUAUCGUACACGUCGUGUGUCACAUUAGUUAGGCCAAGAAAAUAUAGCUCUGCUUCCGAUUACAUAGGGUCGGUAGGUAAAGAUCUUUGGACAUUGUUUGUGCUGAUUGAAUGGGACGAAUGUUGCCAAAAUUGUCCCAAAAGUGGUUAAAAUAAAAAUGUACCACAAUUAAUGCGGAAAUAUAAUCAACAAUUAAUUAUAAGUAAUUACACUUGCUAUAUGACGCGAAAAGAAGUUUUUGACAGGUGUUUGUUUUGAGAGAAAAGACGACAGGAUUUUUUACCCUUUUUUGUUUCUAAUUUUCCAAUUAAAAUUCUUAGGGUCGCGCCGAUAAAUUAGGGUUGAUCGGGAAACUGGAAGUGGAACUGCGAUAGGAUUACAUGUACACUUUUUCAUUUUGAAAAGUUGGCAUCUCUCCAGGGAGGAUGUUCUUCUAAGUCACCCAGAGUUUUAAAACGUGAUUUAUUUAACUGGAACAGCAUCAUAUGUUUUCCAUUUCAGCUUUACUACAGUUGGAACUUGAGUUUUAUAAUUGUAGAUUUUGAAAAAUGCCGAUUUGUCAUCUUAAUGUUAUCACUUAUGGAUUCGUUGUUUAUAUUUACAGUGGGAAAAUUGAAAUAAGUUUCCCUUUCCCGAAGUAAUUUGCAGUGGAAAAAGUUUUUUCCGGACUUCAGGACUUUCCACAAACGUUAAAUUGAAUACCUUAACUCUUAGACUGCACCUUUAAAUUUGUACCAAAAGCAAAAGAAAAGUACAUGAUAAACUCCAACUGAACCUAUUGUCUUUAAAAAAGCUGUGGUGAAGAAUUUUAAUUUAAAUCCUGUGAGUUUUUUCCAGCUGCAGAACCAUGGUUCAUCCAUCAUAUGUUGUUAUAUGUGAUACUGUAUUUUUGUGCCUUAGCUUGAAGUGGAUAUAAAUGUGUUGAAACUAAACUAAACUUAACAAAACAUACUUGAACACUAUAGGCCCUCUUGAAAGUAUUCAAAACUGAAAAUGGUUGGAGCUAAUAGAAAAGCAUAUUAACGAACAAGAUCUUGCAUAAAAUCCUGCAAUUUGCCAAUUUUCAUGGAGACAUUUUAAUUUUAAAGUGUUACUUAUUUUUAGUUAAGAGUUGCACUCAUAUCAAGAACUUAACGAUGCAGUUUACGACAGGAUGACAUCUCUGAGUUUUUCCCCACAGUUUUCUAGAAUGAGAAGCAAUCUUCUCCGAUCCGCAAUUUCAUCGAAAACGCAGAAUUUCCAUAAAUGCAGCACCCAGUCAGAUGUUGGCACAACGUAAAUUGUAUUACCACUUA